UUUGGCAGAAAGAUGAAAUUAGAUUACGAUAUUACAAGGGGUAUCCUUUUAAAUAUAGUUUUCUAAUCAAAAAGGAUCUUAAAAAUCAAAUGAUAUCGGGCUAUUCAAGGAAGGAAUCCGAAUAUAAAAAAAAACAAUUUUUUGCAAAGAAAUCAUAUAUUCAAAAAUUACUUGAUGAGAUACAACUGCAUAAAGAAACUUCAUUACCACCACCGGAUUUUGAUGCAAUUACUCUCUAUCAUGAAGAUUUAUGCAUGGAUGGAAGAUAUCCUUUUAGAGAAUUAAUAGAUGAUUAUAUUGAUGACAAAAUAACAAUGAUGUUAUAUGGACAUGAUCUCUUAAAAAGUUUUUUUAAGAAUAAAGAUCAUCAAAUGAUGGAGAAAUUGUAUGCAAAAUGUAUUAAAAUAAACACAGAGAAGGAUAGCUUUUUAGCAAACUAUAAGUUAUUAGAAAUUAUCACCUUUUCAAUUAACGACCUGUCUGUAAAAUCUUCUGACUUACUAAACCAAUUUUUAUCGCAUACAUCAUUUACUCUAUCAAGUAUGGAAAAAGAAAUUGCUAUUGGAAG